UUGGUUGUACAUCCGGGUCCUGGCGCUGGCCGUCGUUGGGGUUGUUUACGCGCUGGAGGCCGGGGGCAGCGCAGCAGUACAUUUUAGUCAAAAAUAACCUUUUACAGCGGUUUAGAUUUUCAUUCCGGUGUGUGAAUAAAGUUAAACGAUGCAUAACUGGAUGAUAAACGGCGGGGAGUUCCGCUCUGUCACUGACUGAACACUUUAACUCAACACUUCUUUCUCUCCUGUCCGACACCGAGCCUCAGCUCCGCUCUCCGUUCUGCUGUCUCUCCACAUUUCUGUCAUUUAUUCACUGAUUUUUUCCGCCACUUUGGAUUUUUGCUCUGUGAAGUGUGAGAGAUGGGCGCGUUCCUGGACAAGCCGAAGAUGGAGAAGCAGAACGUUCACGGUGAGGGGAAUGGGCUGCGCUACGGCGUGAGCAGCAUGCAGGGCUGGCGUGUGGAGAUGGAGGACGCUCACACGGCGGUCAUCGGCCUCCCGCACGGCCUCGAGCCCUGGUCCUUCUUCGCAGUGUACGACGGCCAUGCCGGCUCUCAGGUCGCCCGCUACUGCUGUGAACACCUACUCGAGCACAUCACCAGCAACCCCGACUUCCAGGGAGGAGGUGGAGAGGAGGAGGAGCCGAGCGUGGAGCACGUCAUGUCAGGGAUCAGGACCGGCUUCCUGCAGUUCGACGAGCACAUGCGGGAGAUGUCUGAACGGAACCGGAGCGGCUCGACGGCGGUGGGAGCCAUGAUCUCGCCGCGCCGCAUCUUCUUAAUCAACUGCGGCGACUCUCGGGGUCUGCUGAGCCGCGCCGGUGCCGUACACUUCUCCACACAGGACCACAAACCCAGCAACCCACUGGAGAAACAGCGCAUCCAGAACGCAGGAGGGUCCGUCAUGAUCCAGCGUGUGAACGGUUCUCUCGCCGUGUCCAGAGCUCUGGGAGAUUUUGACUACAAGUGUGUGAGCGGGAAAGGACCCACGGAGCAGCUGGUAUCCCCUGAGCCCGAGGUUUACGCCAUCGAGCGCUCCGAAGCCGAGGACGAGUUUAUCGUUCUGGCCUGUGACGGCAUCUGGGACGUGAUGACCAACGAGGAGCUGUGUGACUUCGUACGCUCGAGACUGCAGGUCACCGACGACCUGGAGAGGGUGUGUAACGAGAUCGUCGACACCUGUCUGUAUAAGGGAAGCAGAGACAACAUGAGCGUGGUGUUGGUGUGUUUCAGCGGCGCACCGAAGGUUUCACCAGAAGCCGUGAAGAGAGAAGCGGAACUCGACAAAUACCUGGAGAACCGAGUAGAAGAGAUCCUGAAGAAGCAGAAUGAUGACGGAGUUCCAGACCUGGUGCAUGUGAUGCGAACGCUGGCGUCAGAAAGCAUCCCAAACUUACCGCCUGGAGGAGAGCUGGCCAGCAAGCGAAGCGUUAUUGAAGCAGUAUAUAACAAACUCAACCCCUACAGGAACGAGGACACAGACUCUGCGUCCGCUGAUGACGUGUGGUAGCGUUUUACAAAACACAUACCUUCCCCACGCCGCUCCAGACACACACACACACACACACACACAGUGGAACCGACGGGACGCCAGCCGAAGAGGUGGAACGAGGGAAUCAUCCCUUUACACUCACAACGGGACGUUUUAUUCCUUUUUUUUUUGUUUUGAUUUCCUGAUUAUUAUUUUUAUUUUUGUUUGUUUUUGGGGCUGUAAUUAAUUUGAUUCACAUCAUCAUGUGUGUUUGUAUAUUUGUUUUUGAAGUGCAAUUGUUUAAAAAAAAAAAAAGAAAAGUCUGUAUCAAAUGCAGCUUGUUAUUAAAUGUACAAAAACUAAACCUUAUAAAAAUAUGAAAAAAAAGAAGAAAAAAGAGGAAACCUUUAUGCACUAUCUGCCUUGUCAUAUAGGAAAUGUCGACUCUUCAGCUUGAUUUCCUACGUUUCCAUCAGGCGUGUGCUGGCGGGGCCGUGUACAUCACGAUAUCUGGGGAAACCUGGCGAGACGUUUAUAUUUAACUCCUCGUGUAAAGGGAAUUAUGGGACAAAGCAGAACCGGCAUGCAGCAGGACCCUGAGGAGCCCGAGAGCCCUCUGACUGGUUGUAGUUCUAGUGGGUGGGGCAUUCCUGGUUGCCAUGCUUUCUGCGUUAGUGUACCAACAACGCAGCUCCAGAGCGCACACAAAACCCACAGCGUCCACCACAAAACCCACAGCGUCCACCACAAAACCCACAGCGUCCACCACAAAACCCACAGCGUCCACCACAAAACCCACAGCGUCCACCACAAAACCCACAGCGUCCACCACAAACCCACAGUGUCCAUCACAAACCCACAGCGUCCAUCACAAACCCACAGCGUCCACCACAAAACCCACAGCGUCCACCACAAACCCACAGCGUCCACCACAAACCCACAGCGUCCAUCACAAACCCACAGCGUCCAUCACAAACCCACAGCGUCCACCACAAAACCCACAGCGUCCACCACAAACCCACAGCGUCCACCACAAACCCACAGCGUCCACCACAAACCCACAGCGUCCACCACAAACCCACAGCGUCCACCACAAACCCACAGCGUCCACCACAAACCCACAGCGUCCAUCACAAACCCACAGCGUCCAUCACAAACCCACAGCGUCCACCACAAACCCACAGCGUCCACCACAAACCCACAGCGCCCACCACAAACCCACAGCGCCCACCACAAACCCACAGCGUCCACCACAAACGCACAGCGUCCACCACAAACCCACAGCGUCCACCACAAACCCACAGCGUCCACCACAAACCCACAGCGUCCACCACAAACCCACAGCGUCCACCACAAACCCACAGCGUCCACUACAAACCCACAACGUCCACCACAAUCCCACAGCGUCCACCACAAUCCCACAGCACAGCAGCA